AUGGCCACAGAGUCAGCAAAAACCCUCCCCAGGAGAGACUCGGCCGUCAGCAGCAUCAAUUCUCCCGAAGAUACGUUCCAGGUGGCGCGGCAGUUGGUCAGUGCAGUGGCCAGCUUCAGCUCCGAGGGAGGAUAUCAAAAGCUGGCAGAGCUGGUAGAUCGCAUCCCAAAACUUGAGGCAGAGAUACGAGAGAAGAAGAAGGUAUUUGAUCAGGCUGAAGAAGCUUGGGAGCGUGAGAAGAUGUCCCAUGUUGCAGAACGCACGAACAAUCUGAAGGGGUACGAAGAGAGAGUUGUUCACUUCGGAGAGGAGAAGGCUGCCUUCGAACAGCGGGUUGCAGAACUGGAGGCGAGGUUAGUAGAUAAAGACAAAGUAGUUGCUCAAUUGGAGGAAAAGGCAACAGGUUUCAAAAGUACAGGGCGAAGGUUGAAAGAGGAGUGGGAAGUGGCGAAAGCCAAGUUGAAGGAAAAAGAUAACGAGAUCACGCAGUUGAAAACUCAAAUACAGGAUGACCAGGCCAGGGCCAAGAAGAUUGCCGUGGCACUCAACACAUCGCAGGCCGAGACAUCCACCCUAAAUAGUUCUUUGGAGCACACAAAGCAACACAACGCUCUGCUGGAUCAGAACCUGAAGGUGGUCGAAGCUCGACUGGAAGAGCUAAACAGCUACUUUGCGCGACUGACGGACAUCAACGCCGACGAGCUGGCGAAAGAAUUUAAGAAAAUAUGGGUAUCUGUCACGCUACUGGUCAGGAAAUACGUCGGCGAAGACCUACCAGACAGUAUGCUCGCGCCAACUUGGGAUGCUCUCAACAAAAACCCUAUUUUCCCCGUGGAUAAACCGCUGCCCCAGUCCAAUUCGGAGGUUGCAAAGGAGCUGCGCAUCGUCACAGUACUCUCUAUCCUAGCCAACGCCAUCAACGAACACCUGCUACAACCAACAUACCAGUCAAUAGACGACCACGGAUCGCUCGAAGGCAUCCUCUACAACCUCGCCUCCAUCGACUCGAAGCGGGAGAGGGCACUGAGAGCCAUGCUCCUCGCCGUCCUCGAGCCCGAACGAGAAGACGCCGAAGACCAGCUAACGAGCCGCGUCGUGGAAGAAGUAAUGCGAUACAAAGGCGUCUCGGACGUGAUCCGCUCCGAUCUCAAAGAAGCGUUUCUGAGCAACCUAGACGACAUGUUAUGUGACGUGCAGGACAUCUGGCAAAAAGCACAGUACAGCACGCACGUCUUCGUGUCGAGCUUCGAAGCCACGCAAGCCAGCGAAUUCGCCUGGGGAAUCCCAAUCCCGUCGUCGUCCGACGCCUGCCAGGUCCCCGCGUACGUGGACGAAGAGGAUGUCGUCGUCUUGUUCCCCAAGAUGGCCUGCGUCGGCGACGCGGAGACGCUCAUCGCUGCAGGCACGGUGGUGAGGAAGAGCCAGCUCUACGCUUUCAUCAAGGAGGAACGCGCUCGCACUCAGUCUACCGAACCUGGCCCGUCCAGACCGCGGCAGAGAACGGGCAGGGCCGCAUCUAUAAGCAAUGGGACGCGGAGUUUUUUAGCUCGGACGAUAACCGCUUCCAACGCGCCAUCGAGAGGGUGA